AACACACGUUCUGCUGCGUUCCAGUCGGACACUUUUAACAGAAGGAACGACGAAAGUGAUCCAAGGAAUUUCAUUUCUAUUUCGAUUAGAAUUAGUUCUCAGUCUCUGAUUAAUUACGCAAAUGGCUGACGAAGACGAUGAUUACAUGUCUGACGCUUUCCUGAAGCAAAUCCCGGAUGUUCGGCCUGGCGUCCCGAUGGUGAAGCGUGAGAAGGAAGCCUUGAAAAAGGAGGCUCUACAGAAAGAGAAGAACGCACAGAACCGGCAGAAGAGCUACAAAGAACAGGAGCGAGAGAGUCGGGAGGCCGCGCUGCAGAGCUCCAUCAGCAGCCAAAAUAAAGGCUUCGCGCUACUGCAGAAGAUGGGAUAUAAAGCAGGACAAGGCCUGGGGAAAGAGGGUGCUGGACGCGUCGAGCCGGUUCCUCUGAACAUCAAAACAGACAGAGGCGGCAUUGGAAUGGAAGAACUCAAGAAGAGGAAAGCAGACGAGGAGCUUCAGAAUUACAGGAGAAAAGCACAAAUGAAGCAACAGGGGGAAAAGAAAUCAAUAGAGGAUUUUAGAGUGCGCAAGAGAACCGAAAGAGAAGAGCGUCAAACACAGGGUGACCUGAGGAAGAGCCAGCGGGCCUGUGAGCAGCUCGACAGCCAGAAGGGCAUCAGUGUUCCCAGAGACAGCUGGUACUGGCCUGAAGCAUUGAAAGAGGAAGAGGCGGAGCUUCUGGAGGAGGAGCCCAAACCAGAGGGAAGUGACGACGAGGAGGAACUCACACCUUUAGACAAGCUGCAGUUUCUCACCUCGUAUCUGCGAGCAGCUCAUUUUUACUGCAUAUGGUGUGGGACGGCAUAUAAUGAUGAGGAGGAUUUGAGCUCGAACUGUCCUGGUGACUCGGCAGCAGACCAUGACGACUAGAGCAACCUGGAAUAAUCUGGAACACUUGUUUUUAAUUUGCUUUUGACCUUUUUUUUGCAUAGCUGUGUUUGAUAUUUAUCCGUUCAUUAAAUGCUGCAUUGAUGUUUUGA